AUGUGUUUCGAUAUCACCUCAAUUUCUCUGGCAAUGGCCACCUCUGUCGUUGCCAACAGACUCUACGUCCACAUGAGCUGCCUCGUAAAGAGAUGCGAUAGUUCCAAAGGUAAAUUUAUCGCCGACUUUGCUUCUGAUGAUGUCAAUGCUAGCACAGUUCGUAGAGGCACUGAUGUCCCAUGUAUGACCGAGUUCUACAUGGAUUGGCUCGACAGGCGAGCCCACCCAAAGUUCAGCGAAUCCAAUAAUUACUGUCUUGGGAUUGGCUUGGGCGUCGAGAUCAAUUGCAAUGGAGGCUGGAAUUGCUAUAUGGCGAUUUGGAAGGAGGUUAGGUGCAACUGGUACGAGGUUCCUGUGUCUGAGACUGACCUUCGAGUCGUAACCUGCUGCUACUGCUAA